UAUUUCCACGCACUUUAAAUCAGGAAGGGUGAGAAAGACAAGAUAGGCAUGCAAAAGUAUCAUAAACCCUAACCACAUUUUGGCUCAGUGAGACAGCAAAAAAAGUUUGUUUGGGAUAGAUUAAGAUUGUCUGUGUGUGGAGAUGGAGGGGGGAGAAUGUGUAGAGUGUUCAGUUUGAAACAAUGGGAGGAUGGUCCUGUUACUGGAUUUAGGGAGAAGAAGGUCAAGGAGUCAAGGUGAGGAGAAGACAUGACAAUAUGACAAGUACAGAUAAGAGGUGCCUUUUAAAGACAGGCUUCCCCUAAGGAUGAACCAGAGGAGCUACACACAUGCACACCGAAGAUUAUCUUUUAUCCAACUCUGAGAAAACAUGAUGAUUUUUUUGGUGAUUAACAGUCUGCUGCAGGAGUGUCUUGUGGUUGCAGGUGAAGCCCUGGACCCGUGCUCUGCCUACAUCAGCCUGAAUGAACCCUGGAGAAACACAGACUACCACAUCAACCAAUCAUCUGGCGUGCCCCAGUGUGACAGCCACAUGUCUGGAGAAUGGUAUCGCUUCACUGGCAUGGCCGGGGAUGCCAUGCCCACCUUCUGCAUCUCUGAGAAUCACUGUGGCACCCACGCUCCCAUCUGGCUCAAUGGCAGCCACCCUCAACCCCAUGAAGGCAUUAUCAGCCUGCCUGUGUGUGCCAGCUUCAAUGACAACUGCUGCCAGUGGAAUGCCAGUGUAGAUGUGAAGGCCUGCGCUGGGGGAUACUUUGUCUACCGCCUGCCCAGACCCUCAGUCUGCUUCCAUGUUUACUGUGGCCAUUUCUAUGAUAUCUGCGAUGAGGUGGACUGCGCAGGUCUGAGAUGUCCUGAGUCUGACUGUCGCUGUGUACCUGGAACUGUGCUGGGUCCAGACGGACAAACAUGCCUGGAUUUGAAUGAGUGUGAAAAGGGCAAUGGCGGCUGUGCAGAGGUGUGUGUGAACACCAAAGGCUCCAGGCGCUGUGAGUGUGGGCCGGGCCGUGUGCUGGAUGAGGAUGGACGCAACUGCAGAGAGAUAGCAGGCUGUCACGUUAACAAUGGAGGCUGCAGCCAUGACUGCUCCUCACUGCUGGACUCCUAUCAGUGCCACUGCCCCAGAGGAUUGGAGCUGGGAGAGGAUAAGCGCACAUGUCAGGUGCCAGUCCAGUGUGACUCCAGCUCUAUUACAGUGUCAGUUCCUAAGGACCUUGUGGGAGGACUGGAACUCUUCUUGUCCAACUCGUCUUGUCGUGGUGUCUCCAAUGGCACACACAUCAACCUCAGCUUCAGCCUCAAGACUUGCGGCACAGUGGUAGAGGUGACAGAUGACAAAAUUGUUGGGACCAACCUGGUGACAGGCCUUCCCAGGAGCAGCCCAGGCAGCAGCAGAGAUUUGAUAGUCCGCACCAGCAAGUUAGUGCUCCCAGUCACCUGUGAGUUCCCCAGGGAAUACCACGUGUCAGACGGAUACCAGGCAAGCCUGCGCAGCUCAGCCCUGAAGCUGGCAGGCCACAGUGAGGGAAUCUUCCCGUUCUCCCUGGAGCUUUUCAAAAAUGCAGAGUUCUCAGAGCCCUACCGCACCCCGCCCCAGCUGCGCCUGCAAGACUCCCUGUUCUUUGGGGUGGAGCCUAAGGAGAGAGUGGAGGGCCUCUCUGCACUGGUGGAGAGCUGCUUCGCCACACCCGGCCCCAAAGCUGACCAGGCUCUCAAGUAUUACCUCAUCAAAGACGGGUGCAUCUCUGAUGAAACAGUGACACAGUACUCAUCAAAGGACCAGCUCUCUAAGCACUACCAGGUCCCUGUCUUCAAGUUCAUUGGCAAGGACAACCAACAAGUAUACCUCCACUGCCAGGUGUUAGUAUGCGGGGCAGGAGACUCCCGCUGUGCUCAGCAUUGUCGAGGACGUGUCCAACGGGAGGCUCGGACCAGUGAGCCUCCGGAGCAGCACACACUGAGUGGAGGCCCCAUCUUCAUCCUGCCUUAGUCAUGAUGCUAACAUAUGGCAAGAAGACACCAUGAGAACAGGCCAGCAGCACAAGCCAGGAUCACAUUUCCAUUUAGAUUAAAGAUGAACUGGCCAUUUCAGUUUAUUUGGCAUUUAAAACACCAAACAAAUGUAGGCAUACACACACAGGGUAGUCCUUGUUUAAGUCCCACAUGUACUCAUAUACAUGCAGAUGUGUAGUAUACACACUCUGCUACAGUAUACUACAGUAUACUCACUAUUUUUCCAGUCCCAGUGUCACUCACAUUGCUUCAGAUCACUUAAAUUCUGGUUAUUGCAUCCAUGUCUGUGUGUCUUUGCCACUCUGCCUGGCAGCACAAUUUACUGACAUUAAAGUGAAUGACAUUUCUAUUAGAAAUCAUUCGGAGGGGCCACACAGUUCAUUUGUAACAACUACAGCAUGAGGGAUGUUUUUCUAGGUCACACUCUCAGGCAUUUCUCGGGCUUGAUUACAGCUUAAAGAUUUAGAGGAUUUGUUGAAGGGGUUUAUAUUUCACACCAUCACUGACUUGAAAAAUACAUGUAGAACAUCCAUAGAUGUAUUCUGACUCAUUUGCUCAAUGUAAUCGAUGCCUGGGAAGAUCACAUCGCAUGUUACAGUGUGGUGGAAAAGAGAUAUCACUGUGUAGUGCUUGGAAAUUAUGCACAUGCUUCAUCACUCUGACAAUUAAUCUAGAAUUAAUCAUGUCAGUUAAACUGCAAUUAGUUAUGCAGUUAUUCAUAAAAAACAAAUAAGUUAGAUCAAACAUUAACAUAGUAGCUGUAAUAGGCAUUACAUUUUACAUGACACUGACUUAAUGUUUGAGCACGCUAAUUUGAUAAACGUUAAAUACCAGCACACAACGAACCAUGUGCUCCAUAGUAAUUAUUUUGUGUCUUCCUAUCUAGAGGAAAUCAGUCCAACUACAAUAUCCUUCCUAUCAGGCACUUUGUUUGGAGUCAUCAAAGUAAUUUAUGGUAAUGGAGUCAUAGAGACCUAAAACUGGCCUAAAAAUGAAAUGAAGUACGGAGAGUAUAAUAUGCAUGAGCAAUUAAUUAAGAUUUAGAAAGUCAUAUUCAGAUACCUAACAUUUGUCAGUACUGCCUAUGAAUAAAACCUUAGAAGCUGUU